GCCCACCUGGGGAAGGAAGAGCCCUGUGGGGCUACAUGGGCAGGCACCAGUGAUCCCUUCUUGCACUCGCCCCUUGCUGAGCACCAGAGCAGCUCUCCUUUGCCUCUGGCAGCAGAGCACUCCAGCUCCUUGCUGACUGAUGCAGGUGCAGCCUCUGCAAUGCAGCAUUUCCACCGUGUUCUUUCCCAGCUGAAGCCCUCUGUGCCAGCAGACUACUUGCUAAACCACUUGCAAGUUUAAUACACACGGUUCUGAUGUGGCUGAAGCCUGUGUUUUAACCUCGGCUGUACCCAUUACAUCAGAACGUGCUCCUGUCCUGAAUGGUCCCGUUCAGAUGGAAAAGUUAUACUGUAACUGGGCUCAAUUUUUUAGAACAAUGUUAUUCAACAGUAUGAAAGUUGAUAAUAGUGUUGAGAUAACAUAGAGGUAAAAAAAAAAAAAACAAAAACCCAAAACCUAAUAGCAAAUGAAUACAUCGCUGUCUGAAUCACAUGGGUUAUUUGUAAGGAAAAGCUCAGGCUGCUGUUCAACAUGUUUUUAAGUAUGUAUUCAAUUUUAAAUGAAAAGAGGAAAAAAAAAGUUGUUUCGUUGCUUAAAUUAGGGCACUCAAGUACUUUGUUUAAGGGAUAGUGGCGUAAUUAGAUGUACUUGAAAGAAAAUAGGGGAAAAUUGUUUCUGACGGACACUUGGUGGCAGCUUUUAUCUGCGGGUUUAAUGGCCGCUGCUACUUAACUUCAUUGCUUGGCUUUUACAGCAGGGCCAAGGCAGAAAGCUGAUCAUAAACAACCGGGGACGUUUUCACCGGAAUAACCGCUCAGCAUCUUUCUUUGCUGAUCAUGAAAGCAUUUUCCCAGGAACGCUGAAAUCAACAAAGAUAUUAACUUUGAUGGAAGCAUGCAGGUCUUCUGUGUUUCUUUCUUUUUGGAAACCGAUGAAGAAAACAUUUCAUGAGGGUUUUUUUUUUGGUUUGUUUUGCAAAGUCCUGUGUAGAAUGACUGACAGACAAAACUCCCAAAAAAGAAUGCUGAAACUGGGGUCUAAUUCCCGAGAAGGGAAAGCUGUUGCUAGGCCUGGGGAACUCGCCUGGGGCAGUUUCAUCCUGAACAGACCAACGGUGAGGUUUUGGUACAGAACAGGCUGUACGGCGAUCUUCUUUUUGGCUAGUUGGAACUGCUAAAACAGAGCUGGGAAACGCUUGGUGGGGGAUUUCAUCCUGAAAAGCCCAUCGGACAUAAAUAUCUCGCUCAGAGGUCUGGGAACGAAGCUGCGUGGCGCCUGGCAGUUUCCUGGGCUCUUUCAGCAUCGAGCUGGGAUGUGGCAAUGGGUCCCGCGGCAAAGCGGUGACAUCUGGGCUGAAACCGUAGCCAGGUCACCGCCGCUUACGCGUCCCCAUAACUGAAGGUGAGGAAGCACAGAACGAGGACAAAGCCCGCGCCUCCCGCUCACACUUGAGGACGGCCGCUGAGCGCUCGGCGCCGCCAGCACGAGGAGCGGCUCUGCCCGCACGGAGCCGGCAGCCACGUGCCGUCGGUGCCGCGCCUGCAGGGCGGGGGAUCCGCUCCCCCCGCGGGGCCCCAGGAGCGCGCAGGUGCCGCUGCCGGCGGCGCGGAGGGGUCGGCGGUGUCCCGCCGGGGCGGGCAGCUGUUAAUUACAGCCCAUUAACCCCAGAGCCGCGCCGGCGGACGGGCGGCGGUCCUCCCGCUGUCUUCUUUUUCCCCUCCUCUCCCCUCUCGGCCGCGGGGCUUCCGCCAGCCCGAGCCGUGCGUGCCGCCGGGCCCGGCGCCGGCUGCGUGAAGGGGGGCGGCCGCAGCGGUCAGCGCGGGGGGGGGUCGGUGCCAGCGGGAGGUGCGGGGGCCGGCGGAAGCGACUCGUCCGCUCUGUUCUCCGUCCCGGUGGUGCCCCGUCCGCCUGCCAGAGCUUUGUCUGGAUGGGAAGAAAAAGGAUGGAGGAGCAGUGGUGGAGAGGGGAGCUGGCGGCAGACAUCCAUCAGACCCUGAGGACGAAGGAAUGUAACCUGCCUCUGUAUAAGGCCCAUUCACCACAGAUUGGGAUGCGCCGUUACUUCAUUGAUCUCUUGACCGUCCUCAGCAACCGUUGCAAUCUCUGCCCUACAGCCCGGCACCUCGCUAUCUACUUACUGGACCUCUUCAUGGAUCGCUAUGAUAUCACUAUCAAGCAGCUGUAUGUCACUUCGUUUGCCUGUCUUCUCUUAGCAAGUAAAUUUGAAGAAAAAGAAGAUAAAGUUCCAAAGUUGGAGCACUUAAAUAACCUGGCAUACAUGUACAAUGUGAAUGUGGUACUGAGCAAGAAGGAUUUGCUUAGAAUGGAAAUGUUGCUUCUGGAAAACUUCAACUGGAACCUGUGUAUACCAACAGCAGCACACUACAUUGACUACUACCUCUAUGCAUCUCUUGGUGAGAAUGACCUUCACAAUGGCUGGCCAAUCACCUCACUAACCAAAGUCAAAGCUUUUAUGGAAAAAUAUGCAUAUUAUUUCCUUGAUUUUUCAGUGCAAGAUCACAGUUUCCUUCAUUUUCGUCCAUCUCUGAUUGCUGCAGCUUCUGUGUGUGCCUCACGCAUCUGUAUGCAGAUUUCUCCUGCCUGGACAACACAGCUUGAAUCGCUCACAUGUUACUCCUGGGAGCACCUUGCCCAAUGCAUUGAAAUGAUGCUCAUAUAUUAUGAGAAUGACAUCAAAGAAGCCAGUAACAUAAAAAAGGAAGUAACAAUCCAACAUCAGCAACAGGAAGUAAUGGAAAACCUGAGGCAUGAAGCCGCUACUCAAGUUCUUUUUCAGCAAUCCAGUUAUCAUCCUGUAGCCCAGCAUUCAGCUAGUCUUUCCCAGUUCCAGUCACCAGUGCAGGAUUUGUGCUCUGCUUAUCGUGACUCCUUACAGGCACACAGACCCAGCACUCUGCUUGCUGGGAGUGCUGACAGCUCGCUGCACUCCUAUGCUGCUCUUCAGGCCAGCCUGCAGCCAUCUGCCCAGACUCUGCAUGUCCAAAUGCCUAUUGCUGUGCAGGUGGCCUUAGGAACAGAGCCCAGUCACUGCAUUUCCAUGGCUUAUGGUAGUAGUUACUUCAGCAGUUGCCAUUCGUAUCCAGCUGGAUGCUUUGAUGGAUAAAUACUGGCACGAGAAUAAAGUGACAUGAGAGAAAACUGAAGAAAAGACCCUGUGAGUGAUACAAAUGUUCAUCUGAAUGAGAACCAUGAAGGAACAGAACCCUUACAUCUUACUCAUCCACAGGACAUGGAUCUGGAUCCACUGAUCUCUGGAAGCUGAGUGCCUUUGCCAAGGAUUGUACCUUCCUCUAUUCUCUAUUAAUAAGAGAAAUAGAAAUGCAGCAACAUACCUCAUGAAAAGUAACUUUGAAAGACACGUGCAUAGCAACCCUGUGGAGAUUACUACUUUCUAGUCCUCAGUGACUCACUGAUCUGAGUUGGCUGAAAGCUCGUGUGUUAUUUCAGGCUAGAGUGUUCUUUGAAUUUCUGGUUAAGUAGCAAUGUUCUUAGAGGAUGUUAUUGAAAACAGAGUGUUCUCUCUCUCCCAGGGAUGUGUCUUUUGAACAGUGGUGGCUUAUACUACUGGAAGCUUUUACAAAAAGUAUCUUGAAAUGGCGUUCGCUUAAAUGUGGAUGCUUUUUGUUUCUGCAGAAAUAGAUGCAUAGAACACUUCAAUUUUCUUUGACCUGGAGUGACAGUGCAGGAGUAAGACUGCAUAAUAAAAGGAACAAAGGCUGGAAGACUAUCAAAUAAUCUUUGACUUAAAAUUAUCUUGGAAACAAGAUGUGAUGCUACUGAACUGAACCCAGAACACCGCUCUGCCUUGCUUAUUUGAAAAAAAAAAAAUAAAUCAACAGAAACAUUAAAAAGCAUAAAUGAUUUUAGAACUUAAACAUGCUGCUGUUUUUUGAGACUGGAGAUUAUAGUUAGUAAAACUGUUUACAAGCUUUAUCAGGGAUUUAAUGUUACUUGAAGAAAUUUUCUUUGAAAAACUCUCAAAAACUUCGGUCCCUUCAGUUAUUUCGUAGUUUGGGCUCAAACGGUUUGUGGCAGUAGCUCAAUUUUAGGACAGAGGAACUGCUGGUAAUGUGGGCAGAGAUAGGGAACUGGUUAACUUUAUUGGGAAAUUGGUUUAGUUGCAGCAUUAGGGAGUGCUGACUUAGUUUUCUUGAAUAUCACCUUGGUUUUCUUGGAAAAUGUUGCUGGUGAAUUGCAGGUCAUAUUACAUUAUAAUGAGAUUUGCCUACUGUCAGAUACCCAAACAUUUCCUUUUCGAUUGAGAUCAGAGAAGACUGUAUAGAAGUUUGUUUGUUUAUUUAACUGCAAUGUAGAUAUUUACAAGAAACAGACUUCUGAAAUGUGAAGCUUUUAGUUUUGAUACGCAACCACAAUUGUGUGUUUGUUUGAAGGCAAUACUGUUGGAUGUCCUUUCUCCUUAAGGGUCUCAGGACUGCAGUACAGGUAAUGUGCAAUAUGCUUUUUCUGACUUGGGGCAGCUUUUCCAAGUCAUGUGUCAAUGUUGUUUUAAAUUAUAUUUUCAGAGAAUUGUUUUUAAGGGUGUUUUAAGGUGGAGGGGGAAAAUUAACCUGCAUGCUGACGUGUGCUUGUGUAACCACCAUCUGAGAAUGUAAUGUUUGAUGUUAAGCCUGCAUUCAGCAGUGAUGAUUUGCUGCAUUCAGCAGGCUAGGGGCAUUUUUUUUUUCAUUUAAAAAAGGCAAACUGUAAAUGAAGAGGCAGUACUCUUCAGAAAUUGAUCUAGAAGUGUAGAGAACUUAGUUCACUUUUAAUUCUGUUGGUUUUGUAUUUAUAUUAAACUUUAUUUUUAGAAGACUUUAGUGUAUUUUAUAAUUAGUCAUUCCACAGAACUACUGAACAGAGCGAUGUGGCAGUACUGUUGUAUGAUUUUUCUUUGUUUUUAUCACCUUUCUCGUUCAGGUCACAUACACUGUUACACUUUGAGCUGCCAUUGUGCUUAAUGUGAAAAUACUUGCAACGUUUCCAGUGAAAGCUUCCAAUAAAUAAGUGUACAGAUGAA